GCGAGAAGACGUACAUCCGUACACUAUCAGUGCGCCACGAAGGAUUCCCCUCCCUCUUCUUCCCAGGGUGAAAGAAGAGCUCAGCCGACUGCAGGCAAUAGGAGUUAUUUCGUCGGUGGAAGAGCCGGCGGACUGGUGUGCUCCUAUAGUUGUUGUGCCGAAGCCAUCAGGAGACGUUCGCCUGUGUGUGGAUCUGACUAAGCUCAACGUGGCAGUCCAGCGUGAAAGACAUGUUACCGCCAGUCGAUUAUGUACUCGGGCAGCUGGCCAAUGCGAAAGUAUUCUCUAAGGUAGAUGCUAAUGCAGGGUUUCAUCAGAUUCCUUUAUCAGAGAAGUCAAGGAAGCUGACGACGUUCAUCACUCCAUUUGGUCGAUUCUGUUUCAAGCGUCUUUCCUUCGGGAUCUCCAGCUCUCCGGAACACUUCUCGAAGCGAAUAGCUCAGAUUCUAGAACGUAUUCCGGGGGCAGUUUCACAAAUGGAUGACGUCAUAGUUUUUGGUCGUAACCAAGCAGAACAUGGUGUUAAAUUGACUAGAGCUCUUACUCGCCUAGAGAACGCCGGAGUCACUCUGAACCGAGACAAGUGUGUCUUUAGCCAGAGCUCCAUCAAGUGUUUAGGUCAGAUAGUGUCUACAGAUGGCAUCACAGCUGAUCCUGAAAAGGUUGGUGCUGUCAGGAACAUGCCUGUGCCAACCAAUGUCAGCGAACUCAGGAGAUUUUUGGGGCAUGGUGAAUCAGAUGGGAAAGUUCACGCCUGGCCUAGCUUAAUUGACCUAGCCAAUCCCACCGCUGCCACCAUGUUGCGUUAUAGAAACGUAUAAGAUUGUGAGUAACUUAUGAGCAGUUUAUUCACACGUCAGUGUGGCUUGCUUACAUGAUGUAAAGAGAGCGACUGCCUCACGUGCAGCGAUUAUACACGGCAGUCUGGGCCGCAGGAGCCACCGUCACUAGCUAUAUGUUAAUGUCGCGUUCAGGAUACCACGAACUAUAUAUCUUUUAAUGAACAGAACACAUUUAUUUAACAAGCCACACGAUAACACAACCAGUUCACACAGAACCAGAUAAUGAAUAACAAGUCGGUUUCAGUUUGGAUUCUAAGAACCUUCCCGGUUGGCUCUAACACUAUAUUACUCAUAUAGUACCGAAUAGUAUCGUGACAGUUAACACUUGAACACGCGUUAACCAAUAGUGUAAUCACUAACACAACCACAACUGCUAUAGCUGUGCUAGCCAAAUAUUAAAUAUGUUCCUUAUCCACAAAAACGCUGAUUGUGGUAUGAGAUUUUGUUUGCUAUUGUCAUUGAAAAGUUUUCUAGUUGCACUGUGAGUGAAGGUUUUGUGGGACACGUGAGUCUUUGGCAAUUUGUUUCCCAAGCAGCCCAAGCCUCUACGGUGCAGUCUAUUUUACUCUCUGGUGGUUGUGUGGUGUGCUUUUAUGUGAAAGAACAGGAAAUCUCCAUGUGUAUACAAAUAAAUACCGUGACAUAAAUAAGACAUCGGUGAUUACUUUUUUGAUCACUGCUACUGUUAAGAUAUCGCUCUGUACUUCUACAUAUUAGUACAUUAAAUAUGAGGCGUUUUAAUGAAAUGCAUUCUGUGAAGGAAUAAACUACAUUCCCGUGCACGUUUGUCUAUCCUUCAUACUGUUUUGUCAAUACGGUAUGGCACCUUAUCUUGCAGGUAGGUAUCAUAAGUGCACGCAUUGAAACAUGUAUAAUUUGUUGUUAUCUGUUGCAUCUUGCAGUGCAAACGUAGCUGGCAAACAGUGGCAUAAGUGAUGUAUCAGUGGUUUUGCUUGUCUAAUAAUAAGUAGUUUGCAGAUAUAGUUAGGGAGCAUCAUCCAUAGGUAUAAGGGUGUCCAACAUAAUUGCACGUUGUGAGAAAGAGAGAGCAAAGAGAGAGUAGCCUGUCUAUGUUUUUUCUUGGUCACUGAUUUUCCUAUUUACCAUGAUAUGCUGCAAUUGAUUAAAUCAGGACUGUGUGUAUUUAGAAGUAGGCGGGUUUUAUAUAAAGCUGCUACAUCCGUUGUACGUGCAUUCUGCUCGUGGAACACACUAAACGUGGCUAUGUAGUUUGUUCUCGUUUGAUAAUUCUAACGCGUGUAUGAUGAAUAUUAUGUGAAACUGUGUUAUUAUAGUAAGUUAUCAUCAUGCGCACACUCGUUCUGUCCUGUGCCAUUGUGUUCACGAUACUCCUGCAUCAGAUGGAAGGAGCAAGUGUGCUGCAGGCACUUACACAGCAGCUGAGCAAGCAGGAUAAGGGGCUGAGAGCUCAGCUAGCUAGCAGACAAGAGGACCUGCAUCACUUGAUGCAAUUGUUGCAAUAUAAGGCGCAGGAUUCAAACAAGGAAUUGUUUGAAAGGCAGCUGAAGGAGCUAUUGAUACAGCAGCUGCUACUCAGAAGAAUUGUAGAUGAAGCUACUCAUCAGAUCUCGGAAAUCUCGAUAAGGAUGACACGUUCUUGUGGCAUGAAUGGCGGCUCAUCCUUACUAUGUGAUCUAGAGGAUCAGAAUGGUCCAGGAAACACAGGUGGCGCCGUUAACACUGCAGGAGCUGGACGAUGAAGGUGUCUCAUUGAUUGCUGUUUUAGUGUUCAAAUUUCACAUUACAUAUAAAGUUGCACCUUGCCAUUUACAUUAAUUCACAGUUGCCGUCUUGUUAUGCUGUCACACUCUACCUACUGCCUUCUUAGAUGUGCAUUGCAAGUGGCACGUCUAUAACUACUGAUUUCAACCUACAUUUGAUCAAUGAAACUAAAGUUAUGGAAAAGCUCUUUAAUCUUUGUUACUUUUUAGAACCUUAAACGUCAAUAAAAUGUGAAUUAAAAUCUUCCUUUAUUGGGUAUCAGCAUCUACCAUUUAAUCAUUUUCCAUCUGCUAGUGUUACAUCUAUGUAUGCACUUGUCAUAUCACUUGUGUGCAAGAAUAAGGUUAGGUUUCACACACACACAGAAACAUGCAUAUUAAGAAUUUUAUUCACUUAGUGUGAACAUCAGUGUACACAGUGCAUACACGUAUAAUGGCUACUACUGAUAUGAUAAUGAAGCUAAAAUAUGUGCAGCCUUGGUAAUGUGGUUGCUGAUAUAUUUACAUAAUUGAAGUGAAUUUACAUGAGUGAAGGCAUUAUACAAUGACAACUAUAUACUAGAAAAAAUAAUAGGCAUGCAAAUUAUAAACACAUUGUAAAAUAAAUUUCAUUUUUCUGUACAUUUUAUUUUUAAUAAAAACUGCUGUAUGUUGUUACACAUUCCAGCAAUUAGGUA